GGUAUCGAGAGCGCGCGUUCAGAUUUGUGGUGGCGCGGCAUUAUCCUGCUCGUUAGUGUGAGGACGGGUGGCGCGCAGUGGGAAAGAGGAGCGGGGGAAGGCGGGAGCAACAUGGCGCCUCUGUUUCGGUUGUCGGGGGCUGCCGCGGGACUACGGCGCGUUUUGCGCACACGUGGCGGCAGCAGGUAUCCCGACGGAUGGUUUGGGCGGGGCACUCAGGAAGGUCCAAAUGGUCAUCUUUUCGGAGAGACCCCGCUUCCGCCAGGUGUCAGCCGCAAAUGGGAAGAUUGGGAGCUGCCCUAUUAUGCCUCGUUCGUCGCCGCGACUGUUAUGCUGACGGUCGGGCUCUCGGCGAAGCCUGACACGACUCUCACCACGUGGGCGCGCCAAGAGGCGCUCCGGCGUAUGUCUGCUGCCGAAGGCGAAGACAGUGAAUGAGAGAGAGACAGAGAGAGAGAGAGAGAGAGAGAGAGAGAGAGAGAGAGAGAGAGAGAGAGAGAGAGAGAGAGAGAGAGGGUUGUUGAUUUUACGGAUGAGCUACUCGAUCAUGAAGUCCAGUUUGACAGAAAGGGGGUUGGCGUGGGCUUGCUUGAUGAUGGGGGUGACGUGGACUGUGUUGAUAAGGGGCGCGGUACUGAUGGGGUAAUUAAUGGGGUAACUGAUUAAUUACGCUACUAAUUACCCCAUAAUCAGGCAACUCGGCUUCUGUUGCAGUGUAUGGUGGUGAUUAUAUUUGAGGAGGCGAGAGAGAGCAUGUUUGGGUUGAUUGCCUGUCAUCUUGGUGCCUUCGGUGAUUGAUGAGCAGUCUGAUCGUGGGGUAAUUAGUCGGGUAACUGAUGGGGUAAUUAAUGGGGUACGUAAUGAUGCAAUGAAUGAUGGUAAAACGGACCGAUCGAUUGGUUUUUGAUUGCUGGGGUGAUUCGGUGAUUGGACUGGUUGAUAAGUUGAUUGGCUAGUUAGUUAAUCAGUCGGUUGAUUGAUUGGGUUGGUAAUUGGUUUGCUUGAUUGGAUGACUCGUCUAAGCUCCAUGAUUUGGGUGUUUCUGUCUUGUCGACAACGGGCGAGCGGUUUUUCCUGCUAAUGACCUCCACGUGCCAUUUUUUGCCGGGUAGGGUUACCCGUCUCCAAUCAGGUAAUCUGCUUAAUUAUACCCAUCGAAUCUGUCACCUAUUGAUUGUAUGCGUUUAAAUGGAGUGCCUAUGACACGAUUUGCAUACUAAAUUACUAUCCAACGCCUUUGUAACGAAAAAAAGGACUGCUUCCGAAUGGUCCAUUCUGAUUGAUUGGGACAGGUGGAAGAUUCUUUUCUGAUUGAUUGAUUGGGACAGAUGGAAACUCUUUGAUUGAUGGUAUUUGCACAGGCGGAAGCUCGUUUCUAAUUGAUUGAUUGAUUGGUUGAUUGAUUGAUUGAUUGAUUGAUUGAUCGAUUGAUUGAUUGAUUGGGAGAGAUGGAAGCUCUUUGAUUGAUGGUAUUUACAUAGGCGGCAGCUCGUUUCUAAUUGAUUGAGUGAUUGGGUGGGACCGGUGGCGGCGCCAUGAACUGAUUGAUUGAUUGGGACCGAUGGCAGAUCCUUUAUUGAUUGAUUGGGACAGCUGGUAGCUUCUAUGUCGAUUCAUUUGGGACAGAUGGGGUCUCUUUGUUUGAUUGAUUGGGACGGGUGGCAGCUUCCAUUCUGAUUGAUUGAUUGGGAGAUAUGGCAGGUCUUUGAUUAGUUGACAACGGCGUGACAAUGUGGAAGCUCUUUUAUUCAUUCUCACAAGCGAGGGGGGGGGGGGGGGGGGGGGUAUUGCGGUGAAUAGGAACGCCGCGCUAGGGGUAUACCGAUCUCGACCGGCCUUCUCCUUCUAUUUUCAUGUCAUCAACCUUCUUGGGCAUGUGGACAUGCGUGAACUGCGGUAGAGAGGAGCCAACCGUAUGUGUGUGUGUGUGUGUGUGUGUGUGAGAGAGAGAGAGAGAGAGAGAGAGAGAGAGAGAGAGAGAGAGAGAGGGAGGAGGGGAGGUGGAAGAGCUGUCACGAGAUUUGUUUGGGCAACUUCAAAAUUGAGCGAGAUGUCCGAUUUUUCGAAUUAGUUUGUUGUGAUUUUAUGAAUUUUUAUCCAUUUUGUCGUUUUCUUUAUGUUCGUCCUUCUUUUGCGAUGAGCUCUGAGUUAUGUCUUCACUCGACACGUUUGCCUAUCUCAACCUCGCUUUGUGCCUGGCCAGUGAAAUGUGCAAGAAUGCCCCCCUGGCCAGUGAAAUUUGCAAGAAUGCCCCCCCUGGCCAGUGAAAUUUGCAAGAAUGCCCCCCUGGCCAGUAAAAUUUGCAAGAAUGC